AUAGAGCAACUGCGACACACGACACUCCGAGGAUUUGAACCUGAAGCACAUCCUGCCUCUGCUUUUCUCCAGCUCUUGAAACAGGGCGGAUGUGUAGAUGUUGUAGUAGGAUAAUGUCGGGGAAAAUGCAGCUCAUUCAAUUCGCACGGGUUCUUCUGUGUCUCGUGAUUUCCAGGGACCUUUGGCACACAUAUUCAGGUACAUUGGCUAUUUCCCAAGGAAAACACCCAACUUUAAUCACCACUGUCAGGGAUGCCGACUUGCUAUAUGAGUUUUUACUGAGUGGACUUGUGAUUGAUGAAGACAACAAUGUUGGAAUGCGGGACCAAGAAAUUGCGUCUAUGAGGCAGGGACGAGUUUUCUUAAGCCUUAUAAAUGAUGACAUACCUAAAACUGUGCCAGCGAUGGAGGAAUGGAUGGAGGAAUUGCUGGUCAUGCUUGAAGAGGAAGCACAGUCCUUUAAUGAGGAUCAUUUUGAGACACUCAUCUUGGGAAUCAUCUAUUCAGCCUACCAGGUCCGUGAGAAGAGGCAAGAGAGUCAGCAGCAGGCGUGGGCAGGUGUCCUUGGGCGCCUGGCCAACAUCACUCUGGUACAGCUACGCAGAUCUUGAAUUAUGCCACAAAAUGCAGAAAACAGUCAGAUCCAGUCUUUCAUCAUCACAUAUGCAUGAAACACAAUAUACAGUAAUCAAUGUCAAUAGAAAAGUGUGUUAUUUGUGUAUAAUAUAUAUUUCCUUUCUGUAAGUAAAUAUCAGUGGAAAGAUGGAGUCUGUUGUUGAUUGUGUAUAAUCUUUAGUAGCAGUGGAUGCCCAAUUUGAGUGUAUACCGGAAUCUGAAACUGUGUGAAACACUCUGGCAAAACCUGUAGGAUGUUGCUGCUGCUGCCUUCUGGUAAACAGCCAACAAUGAAUAAAAAUUGCAAGUACCCUCUUAAAAAUAUAGGUUCUUUAAUGGUUCUUUACAGCACCAUAGGUUCUGCAAAGAGCCUUCUUCUUGUCAAGAACAUUUUUUACUGUAUAGGGUUCUUGAGUUGAGCUACAUUUGGGGGAAAUAAGUAUUGGAUGCUUCAACAUUGUUUUCAGUAAAUAUAUUUCCAAGGAGGUUAUUCACAUGAAAUUUUCACCAGACAUCAGUAUUAACUCAAGAAAUCCGGUAAUAUAAAGAAUUCACAAUAUUAAAGUCCAUAAAUAAAGUUCUGUGUAAUAAAGUGGAAUGACACAGGAAGAAAGUAUUCCUCAGGACAGACCUGAUCUUUUGAUAGUUAUAGUGCACUGGGCACUAUAGUUAAACAAGCACUGUAACUAGGCUUGUGUGAGAUAACAGUAUUAAAUGUCACCACAUGAUAUUACACUGCCAUGACAUUUAUUAAAGAUUAUAUCCAUCCAUCUUCCAUACCAUUUAUCCUACAGAGGGUCGCGGGUAGCCUAUCCCAGGAGACUUAGGGCACAAGGUGGGGAACACGCUGGGCGGGAUGCCAACCCAUCACAGGGCACAUUCACACACUACGGACAAUUUGGAGAUGCCAAUCAGCCUACAAUGCAUGUCUUUGGGCUGCGGGAGGAAAAACCAAAGUUCCCGGAGGAAGCCCCCAAAGCACUGGGAGAACAUGCAAACUGCACUCAGACAAAGUGGAGGCAGGAAUCGAACCCCCAACCCUGGAGCUGCAAGGCAAACGUGCUAACCACUAAAACACCAUGCCCACCUGCAGAUUGGAUUAGAGUAUAUUAUAUUACCAAAUCUGCCAGUGAUAUCAUUCCAAACAGCAAAUUACCACUUCCACAGUUUGGAAGGACACUUGAAAAUUCCUUGUCACAAUAACUAAUCAACAAUUAUGGCUAUGUAAGUUUCCUGCUAACGAGGCUGCUGAUAGAGUCGUGAAAUUGAUGUAAGAUUUGUAAGGAUACAUGCAGCUCAGAUAACAUUCAAUCUUCUCCUGACAUGUCCUCCUCACCUUUUUCCACAGAAUGUCAGUGGAUAUGGUUUAAGAACAGGAACCUGCAAGACACACUUAGAGGCACAAACAUAGUCCACCUGUGAACAUCUGUGUGUAUGUUGGUAUGCCGAGAUGUUGAAAUGGCAACUGCGGAUCUGCAGGCUUUACUAAAGACUAGAAAAGUUAUGAAUUAAUAUAUUUAAAUAAGCAAAUUCUCAUAAAUUUCAAGCCCUUACCGAGCUGAACCAAGUAUUUUGUGGGUAAGGAAGCCUAUAAGUAUUUAACGCACAAACAAAAGAACCCCUACUCUAUUGCUCAUUCUGUUUGUUUAUUUAUAAAAUUUUUGGAGGGGUGUUUUUUCCCUGAUAGUUGUGGUAAGAACAGAGAGUGAGUCAGCACUAGA